UUAAACUAUGCUAAAAAAUGAGCCUAACCUGCUCACGAGGAAUAAGCCUCCUCCUUUCAACUUGUGGAAGGGAACGCAAUGUUCGUCUUGGUUCGUCCAUCCAUGCCUUCGUUCUCAAAGACCCACAAUUUGUGUAUUUAGGAUAUCAGUUUAAUACCCAGAAUGCGCUUGUAGUUUGGAACUCUCUUCUGACGAUGUAUGCAAGAUGUGGUAGGACAGAUGAUGCUGCCCAAGUGUUUGAUGAAAUGUCCAUGAAAGAUACCGUUUCAUGGAACUCAAUUAUUUCAGGAUUUAUGAAUAAUGGGAAUUUUAACAUGGGAUUUCGGUACUUCAAAGAAAUGAUGGGUUCUGGUUGUUUUAAGUUUGAUCAUGCCAGUUUGACUACGAUUUUAUCAGCUUGUGAUGGGCGUGGUUUCCUUAGUCUUAACAAGAUGAUACAUGGGUUGGUUGUUUUGAGCGGCAUGGAGAGGGAAAUAUCUGUUAGUAACGCAUUGGUUACUUCUUAUUUUCGAUGCGGAUAUGCUAAUUCGGGCAGGCAGGUUUUUGUUGAGAUGGCUGUGAGAAAUGUUAUCUCUUGGACAGCUGUGAUUUCAGGUCUUGCUCAAAAUGAGUUUUGUGAGGAAAGCUUGGAUUUGCUUGCGAAGAUGCAAGGUGCUGUCGUUGUACCUAAUUAUUUGACAUACUUAAGUGCACUGUUGGCGUGUUCUGGCAUCAAGGCACUCGUGGAGGCUCGUCAAAUUCAUGGGAUUGUUUGGAAGUUGGGGUUUCAUUCAGAUUUGUGUAUAAAGAGUGCAUUGAUGGAUGUGUAUUCCAAGUGUGGCAGUGUACAAGAUGCUUGGCAGAUGUUUGAGUCCGCGGAGGUUCUUGACACAAUUGCUAUGACAGUUAUGCUUGUGGGGUUUGCCCAAAAUGGAUAUGAAGAAGAGGCUCUGCAGAUCUUUGUGAAAAUGGUAAAAGCAGGGGUUGACAUUGACCCUGAUGUAGUGUCAGCCGUUCUUGGUGUCUUUGGUAGCGAUACUUCUUUGGGUCUUGGUAAGCAAGUGCACUCGUUAAUCAUCAAGAAAGGUUUCGUUUCAAAUUCGUUUGUAAGUAAUGGGCUUAUUAACAUGUAUUCCAAGUGUGGUCAACUGGAGGAAUCUGUUGAAAUCUUUAAUAGUAUAGCUCGAAAAAAUUCAGUCUCUUGGAAUUCCAUAAUUGCAGCCUAUGCUCGUCAUGGGAAUGGCUAUAGGGCACUCCAGUUAUACGAAGAGAUGAGGUCAGAUGGUGUAGAUCCAACUGAUGUUACAUUCAUCUCUCUGCUUCAUGCUUGUAGUCAUGUUGGGCUAGUAAAUAAGGGUAUGGAAUUCUUUGAAUCUAUGCAGAGUAUCUAUGGGAUGACUCCAAGAAUGGAGCAUUAUGCUGCUGUAGUUGACUUGCUUGGUCGAGCUGGACUGCUAAGUGAAGCCAAGAGUUUCAUUGAGGGGCUACCAGUAAAGCCAGACAUGCUUAUUUGGCAGGCAUUACUUGGUGCCUGUAGUAUUCAUGGUGAUGCUGAGAUGGGAAAAUAUGCAGCUGAUCAAUGGGUCUUGGUUUCACCUGAUAAUCCUGUGCCAUAUGUUCUACUGGCAAACAUAUAUUCUUCUAGAGGGCGAUGGAAAGAUAGAGCUAGAACCAUCAGGAAAAUGAAGGAAAUGGGAGUGGCAAAGGAGACGGGGACAAGCUGGAUAGAGAUUGAGAAGGAAGUCCAUAGUUUCGUCGUUGCGGAUCAAAUGCAUCCCAGAGCCAUGAUCAUUUAUUCUACCUUGUCGGAGUUGUUUAGACACAUGAGAGAUGAAGGGUAUGUACCAGGUAAUAGGUUCAUUCUGUAUUACAUGGACAGUGAUGAGAAGGAAUUUUCUGUCGAUUUGCGAGAUACCUCUGAACUUUUGUGCAGCAUGUGGUAGUCAUUUGUGAACUGGUGGCUGACCAAUGCAAUGUAAUAUACAUGUAACAUGAUUGAUUGUUGCGAAUUGCGACCAUGAAUAUGUUUUAAAUUAUAUUAUGAAAUGGGGAAUAGGGGAAAUACCUUUUGAGAA